CCGCUCACAUCCGCUCGGCUCGCUAUUUGUGUUGGGGGAAAAAGGGACUUUGUGAAACUGCAGCGAUGUCAGUCCAGGUUGUGGCAGCAAAAAUGGCAGAGGUCGAACUCAAAGACGUCCCCACCGGCAAAGACCUACCGGCGGGCUCCCCGGUGACACCGACCUCGGAGGGCAAGACCCUCGGCAGAAACGACCCGCACGAGGCCGUUGUCUCUGCUGCGGAGCCCUCCGCGAAAGCCGGAGAAGGCAGCCUGGGUUUGCUCACCCCGAACCCCGCGAAGAUGCCGCAGGCAUCGGCUAUGAAGCGGACGGACCCGCAGCAGAACGGAGGAGAGGCUUUCGUCAACCGGGACGGUACCGUGGCCGAGGCUCCGCGGAUGAAAAAGAUCCAGUUUGCGGACCAGAAGCAGGAGUUCAACAAACGUCCCUCCAAGAUCGGCCGGCGCUCCCUGUCCCGCUCCAUCUCCCAGUCGUCCACAGACAGCUACAGCUCAGCGGCGUCGUACACGGACAGCUCUGACGAUGAGACGUCUCCUCGGGACAAACAGCAGAAGAACUCCAAGGGCAACGGAGACUUCUGCAUCAAAAACAUCAAACAGGCCGACUUUGGCCGCAGAGAGAUUGAGAUCGCAGAGCAAGAGAUGCCAGCUCUGAUGGCUCUGAGGAAGCGAGCCCAGGGGGAGAAACCCCUCGCUGGUGCCAAGGUGGUGGGCUGCACCCACAUCACUGCCCAGACUGCCGUGCUGAUGGAGACUCUGUCAGCGUUGGGGGCUCAGUGCAGAUGGGCAGCCUGCAACAUCUACUCCACCCAGAACGAAGUGGCAGCUGCCCUGGCAGAGGGAGGUUUCAGUGUGUUUGCGUGGAAGGGUGAGUCAGAGGACGACUUCUGGUGGUGCAUCGACCGCUGUGUCAACGUGGAAGGCUGGCAACCCAACAUGAUCUUGGAUGACGGUGGCGACCUGACUCACUGGAUCUACAAAAAAUACCCCAACAUGUUCAAGAAGAUCAAGGGCAUUGUAGAGGAGAGUGUGACCGGCGUGCACAGGUUGUACCAGCUGUCCAAAGCUGGGAAGCUUUGUGUCCCAGCCAUGAAUGUCAACGACUCCGUGACCAAGCAGAAGUUUGACAACCUCUACUGCUGCAGGGAGUCCAUCCUAGACGGCCUGAAGAGGACCACUGAUGUCAUGUUCGGAGGCAAACAGGUGGUGGUGUGUGGAUACGGAGAGGUGGGAAAAGGCUGCUGUGCCGCCCUGAAAGCGAUGGGCUCCAUCGUCUACGUCACAGAGAUCGACCCAAUCUGUGCCUUGCAGGCCUGCAUGGACGGCUUCAGGCUGGUGAAACUGAAUGAAGUCAUCAGACAGGUGGACAUCGUCAUCACCUGCACAGGCAAUAAGAACGUGGUGGUGAGAGAGUACCUUGACCGCAUGAAGAACGGCUGCAUUGUCUGCAACAUGGGACACUCCAACACUGAGAUCGAUGUGGCAAGCCUGAGGACUCCUGAACUGACCUGGGAGAGAGUGCGCUCUCAGGUGGACCACGUCAUCUGGCCUGAUGGCAAGAGAAUAGUGCUGCUGGCUGAGGGUCGCCUGCUGAACCUCAGCUGUUCCACCGUGCCCACCUUUGUGCUCUCCAUCACCGCCACCACCCAGGCGCUGGCUCUGAUUGAGCUGUACAACGCCCCAGAGGGACGCUACAAACAGGAUGUGUACCUGCUCCCCAAGAAAAUGGAUGAGUAUGUGGCCAGCCUACAUCUCCCUACGUUUGACGCACAUCUCACAGAGCUGAGUGACGAGCAGGCCAAGUAUCUGGGCUUGAACAAGAACGGGCCCUUUAAGCCAAACUACUAUAGGUAUUAAAAACCAGUGCCGGGUUCAGACUGAAGAAAUGCAAAUACUCCGUGAAUGGCACAGACUCAUUGAAGGAGAGGAGGAUGAGGAGAACAGAAGGAAGGACGGAUGGACCAGUCAACACACCUGCAUUGUAGUGGGGGGGGGGGGGGGGGGGGGGAGCUCAGACUGAGCCACAGGGGGAGGCAGAAGGGCGUGGCGUUCCCUGCGCUUAUGGCAGCCGUUUUUAUUUAUUUCACGCUCGAAAACAACAAUGCCACUCGCCAUUAGCUAGCUCCCAGACAUCUUCUUCGUCAUUUCACCACCAUUAUCGCUGUCUCUUUAGUCGCUCAUCUGUGUGUCGAGUCGUAAGUAUAUCCUCCAUUCUCCCUUGCCAUUGCCAGAUCUUUUAUUGUUUUAAUUAAAGAUGAACUUAUUGAUGCUGAAAAGAUAUAUACUAUAUUAAAAACAAAAAAAAUCAGCGUGAAUGAAUAUGACCGUUAGUGACGGACACUUUUUUUCUGUCCUUUUUUUGUUGUCUCUUUUUUCUACCUGUGAUUUUUGUUUUUCUCUUGCGUAAUACUGCGAGGUUGGGGUUAAACCUAGUGGGCGGGGUUAGGCGGGAUCUCAGGGUCCAAUCAUAUCAUGUCUUUUAUUUGAUCGUUUUGUUGAGAUUCUCUGUUGUAUCUGUUUUUAAACAUUUUUUUAAGUCCCUUCGGAUCCGCCUGUAGUUUGUCAGAACUACUUUCGUAGUACGACUGGAUGGUGGCCGGGUCUUCCCACCUGUCACUCAAAGCCACAGUGAAACCAUCUCAUUGGCUGCUUCUUCCUCUGCUUCCAGCUGCUCACAUGGCGCCAGUGUUGAAGCGAUGAGAAGUAUUUCAAGCUUGUGAGAGCUAACCUUUUCAUUUAGUCUCUUUCUUUACCAAGAAUAACUAUACUAUAUUUGAAGCAUGACAGGUUGUCAGAUCAUUACAAGGGGUAUACUGUAUAUUUAGAUAUUUAUAUUGAAACUAAGAUUUUUCUAUCUCUUUCUCUCCUGCAUCAUCUAACAUCAUUACUUUUGGAAAAAGAAAUCAACAUAUGUCAAUAAGAUAAGCAAUUAAAUGUUCUAAUGAUAAGUGUAAUAAAUGUACUUAACCCUCACUUUGAAUACUGUGACAGAAGAUAUUUACAGAGAUACCAAAUGAGCAGCAAGUUACUACCUGGUCGGUACGUUAAACAGAUCAAUUCAAUCAGGUCCUCCUUGAAAAGUAUGGUUCUGUUAAGAUUUAGUGUACUUACAUACACGCCACAACUCUUUGGUACAGUUUGAAAAAUAAAAUCUGGGAUCUGAAUGCCACCAUGAUUUUUUUUUUCUUUACUUCCGAGAAGCACAUUUACCGUCACUGCAGAGUCAUGAGCGUUUGCCUAAUUUUUUAAGAUCUCCAAACUUGCCGUUCUAUCCCUGAUAUAUUUGAGUUUCUUCUCCCCCACCUGAAAGGCAUAGACUCCACCAGUAUAAUGAUCUGCACCGUCGUCAUCCUCGGCAGCUCGUCCCCAGCUGACCUGACGGUGGAAAUUAGAAAGUCCUGACAGUCAUUUCACCUGACAGCCGAGUGCACCCCUGCCGCUGUACCGGCUCUGCACCUGAACCAAUCAGAUUCUCUCUAACCUUUAGCCUGCUGGGAGACGCUGCCAGCUUUACUCUCACAGAGAAGGAUCAAAUGCUGAAACGCACACAUGCAGUUCAUCCAGUUCUAAAAAAUGUACUGCACUUUGUAUGGAAAAUACAUUUGAUCAUAUUACAGAUUUUGAAAUGGCACAAAAAAGCUUUAUCAGUUUAAUAAAUACUUUUGCCUACUCAAAAUACAAAUAUGCACAAUUCAUGCAUUUUGUUGUUGUGAAGACCAACCAAAGUCUUUAAAGGAAUAUUUUUGACAUUUUGGUAAAUGGGCAUCAUCACUUUCUUGCAGAGAGUUUAGAAAAUGUACACCACUCUCAUUUUUGUAUGAUAAAUAUGUUGCAGGAGCUAGCAGCCAGUUAGCUUAUCUUAGCAUAAAGGUAACAAAAUCCAACAUCCAGCACCUCUAAAGCUAGGGUUUCAUGCAAAUGAAACAAAACGGGCAUGUUGAUCAGUGACCUUUUUAAACGUGCUUAUGAGUUUGUUAUCUUUUGAACAGAGCCAGGCUAACUGUCCCCAAAAUGUCAAACUAUAUCUUUUAAAUUUGGUAAAAGCUAAAUUAAAAUCUGUGCAUAGGAACACAAACCUAGCAUACGUCCAUGUGCCACCAUGUAAUGACGAGAUCCUACACUGUGUCACGGCCCACACGACCUCACUGUCACUCCGUUCCCUGCCGAUGUUUGUGCGUUUCUCUGUCUCCUUGUGCUGUUGAGAAUCUCAUCUUCCAGUAGUGUGACUUGUUGUCAGUGUAGCUCUUAAACCUGUUGUCCUGAGUCUUACUUUUCCCUUUUUUUUUUUUUUUUUUUUUUGUUUAGUCAGCCGUAAGCUGACCAACAGACGGGUGGGCGGGGGAAGACACCAGCAUCAUAUAUGUAUAUGCAUACAAUAUACAGAUAUGACAACCUUUUAAAAGUAUAGGGAGGUAAAAGAAGAAUCCACUCCUGUAUUUAUUGUUGUAAAUCCUCAUACAGUGCAAAACUGGCGAAAUUCUCAAACAUGUUUUAAGUUGUCUAAUAAAGAAGAAAAACAACCUAUGUUUAAAUAUUGCAAGUGAUAAUGGUAGAUGAUGAGCAAUAAUUAAAAAAAAACAUUCUGUAAUCUUAAUGAAUAAAGAUGUAAAAAAUUGUUA